UCGCCGGCAGCGCGUCCUUGCUCUCGACAUCAGUUGAAAUUAAACUCUUUCGUUGUUUUAUUUUUUUUUACUUUUUUUUUUUUCGUUAGUGUGCAUUUUCGCGCAAAUUGUCGCAAGAUGAUGGACUUAUCGAGUACACGCGCUCGGGUGACAUUCCGGAGCUUGACGUCUCUGCGGUAAUUAAACUGUCCUGCGGCAAGGACUAAACGAGUGGCUUGUACAUAGUGUAGUUUCGUGUAUCCAUGCGAGUGUAUAUAUAUAGGAGACGCAGGAUAUUACCUCAUACCUAACGUAUCUAUAUAUGUUGGUAUAACAUGUACGCGAAGAGGAAUUUGGGAGAAGACGAUGCUUGGAAUGCGGCCGUUUGCACUUUUGGGUCUGUUCGGCGUCGGUAAGGAAGGUCGCACGCUCGAGACAUCAAAAAUUGCUCCGUGUUUUUUUUGACGGCUUAUAUAUUGCGUAGUUUGAAAAGUAUCGUGAUGUGCCAAAACCAAAGAGGAAUCUGCAAAAACUCGCCGAGCAAACGUCAGCAGGUACUCCCGGCCAAAUGAAAUUUCGCAAAUCUUCCGGCGCCCGCGUCCACCGGAGCCCCGAGAUGGACCUACUGCGCCGGGGGGCCGCGACGGGGCACAAGCAGCCGAGCGCGUUCAAGCGAUCCAAGUCCUUCCGCGCGUCCGUCCGGCUCAUCUCGAAGAUCCGCAGCCACGGGCCCAACGCCCCCCCGGACCGUAGAAAAAGCACCGGGGCCAACAUAGCCAAGGAGCUCGAGACCAAGCUGACCCUCGCCUGCGCCAACGCCUACGAGAACCCCACCUUCGUGGACAGCUCGUUGGACUCGUCCGUGUCGAGUUGCUUCUACCAGCACGACCUCGACAACCAGCCACCAAUACCCAUCCCCCCAUCCCCCCGAAAGAACCCCACCGAGGACGAGUGCAAGCUACCGCUGACCGUCAUCCUCGAGAGCGGACACCCGCCCCCCACGUCUUCCGUAUUCUACGUCGAGCCAAAAGCCGCGGCUCCGAAAAGCGCCGACAACAUCGGGAGAUUCUGGGCCGGUGCCAGAACCGGCAGCUUCCGCGUAACACCUGCCAAAGGGAGAAGUGGCUGCGCGAAGCGGAAGGAAUCGGACGAAAAGGCGAAAAAGAAGAAACAUCAGAAGCAAUCGAGCGCCCCGGGAACAAAGCUGCACGCGCCCCAAGGCAUGGAGUUCCUGGAGAACUUUGGCAAAAAGAAGCACCACCACCAGCAGCAGACAAACAACAACCACCAGCACCGGCUUCGGUUGUCUAGCCUCGCCCCGUCGACGCCAAACUCGCUCAGCAUCCACUUGCAUGCUCUGUUUGCGGCAGUCGAGCAUGGACACGUCGACAAGGCGCGGGCCAUCCUCGAGUCGACGGAUGUCGACGUCAACAGCGUCAACGGCGAUUGUCUCUCGCCACUGGACGUCGCGGUGCUGAGCAACAAUCGGACCCUGGCCAAGAUGCUCGUCGCCUUCGGCGCUCAGGAGGGCAAUAAAUUCAAGUCACCAGAGACACUCGGCAGCCACCUGUCCGCGCUGGUGAGCGAGGCCGAGCACCGGGUCCAGGAGCUGGGCGGCCCGCAUCCCCUCGGCGGUCCCGUGGGCAGCAGCGUCGGCUCGUCCCUCCUCGAACCCCCGGCCAGCGGCGGCCAGAGCCACCGGGGCAGCUUCUCCGCCCAGCACAACAACCUCACCGGCUGCGGCGGCACCACCGAGGACAAGCAGCUCGGCCUCUGGGAGCGCAGGACCCGGGCGCUCCGCAAGAUGCUCCUCGGCUUCGACCAGGCCAGGCCGCCGGACGCGCCUCUCGGCGUGACGGUCGAGGUGACGGGCACGAGCUCGGUGAGCGCGAGGUUCCACGACUCGGAGGCCCCGGAGUCGCCCAUCUGCACCAAGUUCAAGAUCCAGUGGAGCCUCAGGGAGGACUUUGGCUCAUUGGCCGGUGAACGGGAGCUACUCGACGUCAAGCAGAGGGAGUGCCGGAUCGAGGGCCUCCUCCAGGGGCACAGGUACUACUUCAGAGCGGCAGCCGGCAACCUCAAGGGCUACAGCAGGUUCAGGCCAACGACUCCCGGCUGUUUGACGCCGAGCAGUUGGCGGGACGUGGACGGUAGGACGGCGCGCUUCGCCGGCCGGCUGGAGCGGCUGGACAGCUUGUUCGCGGACCUGCGCGGUUCGGAGUACAGUCUCGAGACGCCGGGUCUGCAGCGCAGGAACCACAAGAAGAAGACGACGAUAAAGCAGCUGUUCACGGCGACGAGCAAGUUUCAGAAGAACCUGCGCCGGGGCGUGUUUCUCAGUUGCUUGCUCUACCACGAGGACAAGGUGCUCGUGACCAACGAGGACUUUUUGCCGUGCAUCGAGGUGGACGAGACGUAUCCGAGUUGCACGCACAACGACUUUCACUGGUUGAUGAAGGUCGCGUGCACCUGGGACGACGUCAAAGCGCUCAGGCAGGACAUGGAAAAGUGCCACGGCGGCUCGAGCAACCACUUUCGGAUAAAGCUCCUGCAGGCGGCCACGCAGAUGCAGGCGGCGCUGUGCACCCAGGAUCUCGGUCAGCUGUACCACAAGCCGAUCCGGGACGUGCAGGGGACCCUAGUGUUCUCCACGGUGAACUACGUCCGUUCGCCGAAGCUCGUCUCGGUUCUGAACAGCCGUUGGCUACCGUUGGCCAAGGUCACCAAGAAAAUCAUCGUCCACGAGGACAGCAACGUCGCCGAAAUCCUCAUGGCCAGUAUCCAAGACCAGAUGACGUAUCACCAGGUUAGCGGGAUCAAGUUGUCGCGGGGCCUUUACCUCGGCUACCUCAAGAUGCAAAGCAGCGUCGACUCGAUUCAGGUCGUCGUGCCCGCCAAGUCGCCCAACGUUCUGCCCCACUGCAAGAUACGGGACAACCCUCACGUCUCGGCGGAGGAGUGGGAAUACUUGAAGCAAAUGGCUCGGUUGCAAGCCGUGUUGAGUGUCGAGAACGCUGACGACGUCAAUUGCUUCAAGGUUGGCGACGAUCGUGACGAGGCGGACAAGGAGAACAGGUCGGUCUCGAGCGAGUCGCCGCUCCCGGGGACGGAGCAGCAGAAGCUCUUCAUCGACAUGGUCGCGGCAACGGCUCGGCGGCUCUUCAGCCACAUGGAUAUCAGUCCCGAGGACUCGCUGAACCACCGGCUGUACGACGCCGAGGUGAUCGACCUGACGCCCGAGGUCGCCUUUUUGGUGGCCGUGCCACCACCCGAGACCGCCUGUUCCGUUCCCGGCACCAGGGAGAUGCUCCUCCAGAGGGGCGACCUGCUCUCCCUGCCCGUCCAGGUCUUCGAGAUGGUACACCUGAGCACCUACCAAAAGGACGUGAUGAACCGGUACUCGCGGUUGAGCUGCAUCCUCGAGCUGGACACCGCCCAGGCUCAGCACAACCACCGCGAGGCUUUCAGCUCGUCUGAGCUCACGCUCGCCAAGGACAAGCUCUCGAGGCUCCAGGACCUCCAGCUCCAGGUGAACACGGUGUGGAAGGGCGCCAGGUGGCUCGUCGACGUCAUAACCUUCACUCGGGAUCGCGGGCUCGCUACUUCUUCCUCCUCCUCCUCCUCCUCCUCUUCUGCUUCUUCCCAAACGGUUGCCGGGAUCUGCAUAAGGCAUCUGCUCAGCCUCGAUCGUAACAAGAACAGCGGCGGCUCGAGCAACGGCUUGAAGCGCAGUCUGCUCCAGUUGCCACCGCGUGACCCGAAGCUAGUGAAGGCGAGCCCGGGUCGGGGUAGUUGGCCGGGCCCGAGCGUGGCCAACUCGAACGGCUGCUCGCAGACGAACCUGCUGAGCACCGAGACGUUCAGCAAGAGCGAGCAGCAGCUACCCCGAGGUGGUCCCUACCCGCGCAAGGGCAGCGCGAGUUCAAACUGCUCCUCGGCCUCCGAACCUUACAAGUCGAUCAGCAGCCAGGCGAUGAUAUCCAGCGCAGGUAGCGGUGGCAACCUCUGCCCGUCCAGUUCGGUCAAGCUGCCGCCCUCGCGGUCCGAGGACACCCUACUCAUGGGCAAGUACAGCAGCAGCAGCGGCGGGAGCAGCAGCCGGCCAAGCUCCAGGAGUAGAGGUCCACAUGGCGUUGCCUCGGCCUCCACCAGUCCCCUACUGGGCGUCAAGUUUAUAAGUGGUGGCGGUGGUACGUACAGCGUCACCAGUACCUCGGAGAGCGUGCACUCGAUCAGCAGCGACGAGUACAACCUGGUGGUGGUUGGCAGCAGGAGUACUAAUAAUAGACCACAGCCGCCGAUCAAACUGACCAAGCCCACGGCUAGCGUAGCUGCGAUCGCUGACAAAUCGCAGCUACUGACGGACCACAGGGAUGACGUUGCCACCACCGCUGCGGUGCCAUUGGCGCCACUACCCGGUAUUCUCCAGGUGUACGCGGCCUAUGAGACCGGUCUAGCAUCAGGUACGAGCCUAAAGCUGCACGUGACCGGACGGACAACGGCCCGCGAAGUGGUCGACCUCGUGGUCAAGCAGCUCAACAUGGCUGUGCUUCUGAAGGGGCUCGAGGGUCCCGUCUACCCCCAGGAGGAGCUGGGCAACUUUUGCCUUGUGGCGGUGAUCGGUGCCAGGGAACGCUGUCUCAGGGACGACUUUAAGCCGCUGCAGCUGCAGAAUCCGUGGAAGAAGGGCAGGUUGUACGUGCGACAGAAGCACGACGUGCUGGCCGCCCUGGAACACAGCAGCAAGCACACGGCCUAUCUGUGAUGAUGAGGUGAUCAAUACCUACACUCACAUGCACACACUCCGUCGUAUGCAUUGUUGACAAAAAUUCGAUGUAUUAUUAUAUUACAAUAGGAUAUUUUUCAAAGACGUUAGUUAGUCUGUUGAGCGGUUUUAUUCAAUUGAUUUAAUACUCGGGUGCGUGAAAGGAUGAUGUUACACGGGCGGGUGUACAGUCGACAAACGUAAAUACGUACAGCCAUGAUCUCAAGUUGUGUGCUUUUCAGCAAGUGACACUCGGUAUCGGUGUUUGAACGAGAAAAAAAAAAAUAAAGCGUGUAUUGUCAAUUUCCGAAGCUUCGCUGGUGAAGCGUCGAGUUUUUGAGCGUUUGAAAGAUGAUGAGUGGAAAUAAACAAAAACCGUUAGACUAAUCCGUGUUUUUUAAAAUUUAAAGAGAUGAUUUUAGUAGCUCCUGAAAUGCAUUAUUAAAAAACAAAAUGUAGAGAUUAACCGAUCGUGACACCAAGUAACAAUUAAGCAAUCAACAAAGUACUCUGUAAGCAACACGGCUUUUUGAGCAUGAAUACCUGCUCGCAGGGCACGUUAAAUAUAUACAUAUAUGUUGCGCGAGUGGACUGAACGAGGGAAUGCAAUUUUUUUUCAAUGUUUUAGACACAACGAAAGUACCAAGUUCGAAACUAUAAUAGUAACGUAGCAAUGUCUACAAUUUUUGUUCUUCUUCAAAGAUUCAAAGAGAAUUUUAACUCUGAUCUUAUAUAUACGUGUGUAUUUCAAAGUAGAGGAACAAGUGUAUUACAAUUGAUUUCAAUGACUGAAGGGACCACGCAUUAUAUGAAUCUAAAAAAAAAAUAUAAUUGUCAAACGAUUUUGACAAUUUCGAACAAUGGUAUUUUAUAAAAAGCAGAUCCGUAACGUUACGCUUGAGUUGGGUUUCGAGGUAUUACGAUUGAAAUAUAUAAGUAAAACGAAGAAUAAAGGCGAAAUCGCAUCAGUAAACGAGAUUAUUUUCGCCGUGACGGAGAGUACAUUCGUUAUUUUUGUAAUCGAGAAACUUUGGUUUUUAGCAAUUGUUUUUACACGUGAAAUGGAAAACGCGUGACCAGAGGCUAAGAGUCGAGAGGCAGGAAUAUAUAUAUAUUAUAUACAUAUACAUAAAUAUAUUUUUAUGCUCGUUAAAUUUGACAGUAUUCUGUUGACGAUGAUAUUUUAUAAAUAUACUCGAUCGGCGCAGCUCUUCUGCCUGACGAUUGAGACCAUAAUAUACGUGUAUUCCAAUUCCGGCCAAGUAGAAUUAAUCGUAUUAGAAUAUCAUAGUUUUAGAAACGUGAUCAUUAUUAUUAUUAUUAUUAUUAUUAUCAUUAUUAUUAUUAUUAUUAUUAUCAUUGACAUAACGUCCAUGUUUUCUUGAAUAGAAAAAUCGAACGAGGAGUGGUAUACAUAUAUAUGGUGGACGAGCUGUUGAUCAACUAUUAGCGUUUUUCUGAGUGUUAAUCGAUGUAUUGGGUGUAAAAUAUUCGCGUAGCCUAAGUGUUAUUGAGAAAAGUAUAAAAGAGAAACGGCAGAGUGGAAAAAAUAUACCGCAGUGCUUGCGGUGACAAAAAAAAAAAACAAAAAUGUGUAAACGCGAGAGUCGUCCAGAAUGUAAUAUACGUAUAUUGUAAUGUAUGUACAUGUAGAAUGUAACCUCAGUGAUGCGAGCUUUAGAGGGAUUUACGUCACGAGUCCUCUUUUUUGUAUCAUAAAAAUAAAUAGAUACGUUGUACCAUAGUGUUUGAAAAUAAUAAAUAAAUAAAAAUGCGAGAUGUAUAUUUCGAUGGCAAAAGAAAUAUAGCGCAAGGACGAAUUUCACCUGCGAAUUUGUAUCACAAGUGAGUGGUGCUUAUUAUUGCGAACGUUAGACGCGAACGAAGCAAUUAUAAUACACACACAGCGUGCAAUUAAAUAAUUAGGAAGGACAAAAAAAUACCGAGGCUCCAUAGAUACGUAAGAGUAAGGAGAAAUUAAGUAAAUAGAUAUAAAUCUAGAAAAUUCAAUGUUUACGAGGAAGACGCUCGUCGCCCGGAUGUGUGUACGUAAAAGUAAAAAAAAAAA